GUCCUGCACUAACAAUGCCGGGUCAGGGGGCGGGGCUGCGUGCAGCGUCACUUAGACGCAGGUAGUGACGCCUAGGCUGCUGAUUGGUGUCUGCGUAACCCACCCCACUGCUUCGGAAGGAGCCGGCUGCCCUGUGACUGUGUCACUUGAUCGUUGCCAUCGGACGUCGGUACAAUGAAGAUCUAUACCUCGGAGCACGUGUUUGACCACCCAUGGGAAACUGUCACUACAGCCGCCAUGCAGAAGUACCCAAACCCUAUGAAUCCAAAUGUGGUCGGUGUGGAUGUACUGGACAGACAUGUAAACUCUAGCGGCCAGCUGCACAGUGACCGGCUCCUGAGCACAGAGUGGGGGAUGCCUUCUAUAGUAAAAUCACUUAUAGGAGCAUCCAGGACAAAUACUUACAUUCAGGAACAUUCGGUGGUAGAUCCUGUUACAAAAACAAUGGAACUCCGAUCCUCUAAUAUCACAUUUACCAAUAUGGUGUCUGUGGAUGAAAGGCUGGUCUACAAGCCACACCCUCAGGAUGCCAACAAAACUAUUCUAACGCAAGAAGCAAUUAUAACUGUAAAAGGUGUCAGUCUGAGCAGUUAUUUAGAAGGAAUGAUGGCAAACACCAUAUCCAGCAAUGCUAGCAAGGGCCGGGAUGCCAUGGAAUGGGUCAUUGGCAAAUUAAAUACAGAACUAGAGGAUCUGAAAGCAACGACAAGAGGAGGCAUUAGAACGACCAUGGCAGCUGCUACCUUCGUAGAGGAUUGAUUUUUAAUAUCCCAUCCUCAAUUUGGUGCCUGAACUGGAAAGGCUGCAACGUCUCUCCACGCACUUAAUCUAUUUAUUCUUAUUUAAGAAUGUAUCUAUUUUAAGUAGGUUUUUCAAAUUGAAGCUUGGAGAGAAGUGGCAGCAAUAUGGGAACAAGUAAUGAAUUGGACCAGGUUGUAAGGUGACCGUUCAUAACUGUACAAUGGCCUCUUCUAAAUAUACCCAUUUUCUAGUGCUAAUGCAGUAUUGGAGAGUUUCAAUGUUCCUGUAGCUGUAUUGCCACUGUUGGACCAAUAUCCAUAUUGAACCCACAAUGAUUUGCUGUCUCCUGUAUAUCAAACAUCUGCAGUCUUUCUUACCAAUGGUACAGUCCACUCAUUCUUAUAUGUAACUUUAAAUGAAGGGUGUGUAGACAUGGGUCUCUGUGUUGCAUAUACUUAUUGGUUAAGCUCCUAAUGUCCAUUCAGGUUCUAUGGGGACACCAGUGAUCUACACAAUCAAAGUACACCUGCCAACCCAAGAGUCUAUGAAGACCAUCAAUCGAGUAGAAAUAAGUGACAACCCUAAGGCACUUUUUAGAGCUAGUGACAUCAUGGUGUGUGUGUGAUCUCUUGAUUAGUGAGGUAGGCUGCUGGUAAAUUCUAAACUUAUAUGUAGUUCAUGACCAAACUUUUUUUUUUUUUUUUUUGUUCCAUUAUACAAUAUGGUUUUCUCAACCUAGAACUUAUGCAGGUUCUAUCAGUGCUUGUAGCACUUCUGUAAAGGGAAGUGUAAACCCAUCGCAGUGUUUGUGUCCUGUUUCCCAUACUGAAUGACGCAUCCUUCAGGUACCAGAAUUAAAUCCUGCUGUAAAAAUAAAUCUGCGCCAAUGUACAAGAUUUAUUUGGCUAGUAAAUUGUAUUUAAUUGGUGAACUAUGACUAAGGAAGUCCUGAAAUCUUGGCAUGUUGGAUAUAUUCAUAGGUUUGAAAACUUGUUGUUAAGUACUAGGCGCUUUAUCAAAAUGUUGGGAAACAUUAGGUAGUAUGUAAAAAGUGACCUUUUAUUUUUUUUCUGCAUAAUGCCACAUACUUGAAGGAUAUAUUUAGAAAUCCGAGCUGGGGUAAAAUGUCUCGUGCCGCUGUCCUGGCACUACAGCUUCAUUUAAAAGGCACAAAUUUCAAUGUAUUUUUUUGUAGUGUGUUAACCACACAUUUCAUCAGUUUUCAUUUAUUAGGACUACUAAUCAGCACGGUACUCAUUUAGAAAUGAUUAAAACAAUGGGGUUCUGUGGUUAUCACUUAAAUACAAUUCCCAUGUGUAUCAUGGGUACACCUCUGCCUAUUCUAUUGUGUUUAGAUCUGCACUAGCAUUCUGGAGGUCAUCUAGAUGUACAGUAUUGUUUAAAAAAACACCUGAAAAGAACAAUGUAACCUGAUUGCUUGUUUGAGACAUGUAACAAUGGCCUUACUUGUACAGACAAUAAGGUUUACAUGAAACGUUUUGUAAAACUAGCACUCCUAAUUUUAUUUUUAUAUUCACCUUGCUGUUCUUGUAAUGUAUGUCUUUUCGACAAGCAAAUACCAGUAAAACUGGAAAUGUAA